AUGGGUACUUCUGCAUUCGAUGAUCAAUAUUUGAGUAGACUAUUUGAUGAUCCAUCUAAAUCAGGUGGUAAUCAAUUAAUUGUCACUAGUCGUAUUGUUGGUUAUCAUGUUGCUCCAUUAGCUGGUCAAUUUGCUCAUUAUACAAUUCGACCUAUGGAUAUGGAACAUAUGAAGGAUUUUGUCGACUAUUGGUUUUUUCGUGUUCAUCAACGUAUACUUGACACAUUGAAUCUUUCAUUAAUUAAUCAAGGAGAGAAUCAUGGCGAGGCACUUAAGAAAGAAUUAGGAAAAAACGGAAUAUAUUGUGUAGCUUUCAGUCAAUUAGAAGAUUCAUCAUUACCAACUCAACGUAUUCUACUAGAUGAAGGAAAUAUUAAUUCUAUGUUAAGUUUGUGGAGUACGAAAAGAUCGAGCAUUUCAAUACGAGAAUUAAUUCAAAUUUUUCGUAAUAUUGCAAGUUAUAUUCAUGGAAAUUCUUCAUCAGAGUCAUUAAGUAAAAACUUUAACACUAAAGAUCAUAUCCGAGAUAUUGAACAUCAAGCAUGCGAGUUCGUACAAAUUAUUCGUGAAGAUGUUGGUAUUUUAGCUGCUCGAGGUGAAUCACUCUAUGGUUUUCUUCAUUUAACAUUUCAAGAAUAUUUUACUUGUUUAAAACUCAUCAACAUAGAAACAACGAAACAAGAGAAAGAACAAACUUAUACAUCUAGUUUACAAAACAAAAUUCAAUUCAUUUCUCAAUCUGUACGAUAUCGUACAAAUGAUCCACAUUUUCAAGUACCUAUUGCAUUUGCUCUAGGCAAGAUUAAUGAAUAUGAUUCUCUUUUACCACUUGGUGCAUAUAUGUUAAUUAAGUGUGGUAAUGAUCUUGUAAAUUAUCCUUCUCAUGAUGUUUUAUUUAAUGCUUUGGAUCGUUUAAUAAUUGCAGCUGGUCAACAUAAAUGGUCAAUUGUUUGUCCAUUUCUAUUCGAUCAAAUUAUAAUUUCAUUAAGAAAAUUUCGACAUGAUAUUGUUUCAUUAUGGAUUAUUAAACUAUUGUCUCAAUUUUAUCAACAUGAUAUUCAAACAAUAUCAGCUCUUUGUCAUCUCAUCGAAGGAAAACCUCAGGAAUUUGAAAAUAUCAAGUGGUUAAAUCAAUCAUCUUGUGCAAUGCUUCAAUUUUUGUCAAUACUUGAUAAUGAAAAUAAUGAAUUUGCUAUUGAUCGACUAUUAGUGAAAAUUGCUUUCUCCAAUCAUCACUUAUUACCUGUUAAUCCAAGCAGUUUUAAAGGAUUUUUUCUUGGCGAAGAAAUAGAACUGAAUUCAAUUUCUAUUAUUCUACUUUCUAUCAUCAUCAGUCUAUAUGGUGGUUUGAAACGAGAUGGUUCUGAUAUUGUCUUUGAUGUAUUUCAUACUUAUCCAGAAUAA